GUAUCCAGCUGCUUUUAUUACCACAGUCACAUUCCUCCCCAAUCUGACAACGCCUCCAUUGUCUCAUACUGCUCGCCGGCUUUAACUGGGCGGCCUCAGAGUCUCAGAUUCCACUUGGCUUUUGAGAUUUCGGCGGCUGUAUUUGCACAGGACUGGGAUUUUGGGAUAAAUUCUUUGAUUUGGAAGAAGAAAAAUCCGAUUUUGAUUUGAAAUGCCCGCCAGAAAGAAGAUCAAAACAUACAUGGAAAGCAGCAGUGCAGGGGAUUCUGAAUGGACUAAAAUGCCUUUGAGGAUUGCAGGAAUGAGGUGUGCAUUCAACCCAGAAGAGGAGAAUUCUAUAAUUGUUGAUGCACUUUCUCAUGCCAGUGGUGGGAGUCCUACCAGAAGCUUGCAGAGGCCCCAGGAUUCGAAAGUGGGUGGAAUUGGGAUUUCAUCACCGAGUCAGGGGAAGGAGGAGGAAUUUCAGGAAGGGCACUGUGCAACAUUGUCACCGACCAACAGUGGAGAGGGUAGUCAGUCAUCUGGUAUAAAGAGGAAAUUCAAUGAAUUGAACAUGGAGAGCAGUGGAGCUCCCAGUGAGAGGGAUGGGAGGACCCCUGAUUCACAUAGCUCUGAUUCAGUUGCAGGGGAAUCCUCUCAGAAUGGUGAAAUAAAGGAGGCCAAAUCUGAGGAAUGCAGCCCACCAAGAGAAGCUACCAAGAGGAAGAGAUACAGAGGUGUAAGACAGAGGCCAUGGGGGAAAUGGGCUGCUGAAAUCAGGGAUCCCAAUAAGGCAACCAGAGUGUGGCUUGGCACUUUUGAAACUGCUGAAGAUGCAGCUAAGGCUUAUGAUACAGCCGCCAUUAGGUUCAGAGGAGUGAGAGCCAAGCUCAAUUUUCCUGAUGAAGCCAUUGCCCGGAAUCAUGCCCUGCAAGAUUUACAUGAAUUCAGAGCUGCUCAAUCUCAAACAGCUCUCAAUUCAACACAGUUUUCUUACAAAUUCCCUUUCCUUCAAGUUGGAUCUCUGCCUGGUUUGGAAUCUGUGAGACAACCUGCUAGCUACUUGGGUUCCCAGUUCUUGAAUCUGAGUUCAAACUUCCAGUCUCCUUAUCAAAACACUAUUUAUAACCAAUCCAAUAGCAUUUCAAUGGCUAGUACUUCCCAACAGGCUUUGAAUCCAAGACCUCCUGCAAUCUCUGUUCCUGUGAAUCCUUUCAGCCAACUAGUCUCCAACAGUGCAGUUCAGAGGCCUUCUAGUACUACUAUUUCAUGGAACAAUGAACCCCCUCAAUCACUUCUAGAUUUUGGAAAUCAUGGUAAUCUGAAUCCCAUGAUUGAUCUCUCUGCUACAACUUCCUCUGCAGUCAUGCUCACAGGCUUCUCUCAGGGAACAAGCUCAAAUUUUUAUAAUGAAAGAGAGUUGUUUGAUCCAUUACAGCAGUCUGUUACUUCUGCUGAAUAUCAAACAAUGUCUAUUGAUCAGUUCAUUCGGCAGCAGCCCAAUUGGAGCCCGAGUGCCAUCAUGAGCCUCUCAGAUACUGUAAUUCUCCCUUCUCCUACUUCUGAUCAAUUUUCUUGAAAUAAAUUAACAAACACCCAAUAAAGAUCUCUUCUUUCAUAUAAUCAAUCUCUUGUAUAUGAUUCCGAGUUCAGUUUAAUGAUUGUAAGUUUAAAUAUUAUAUUGAAAGAAUCAGUAUAAAAAUUCAGAUUUUGAAGUGGUU